GUCUACCAUUAGACAACACAUUAUGCUUCCAAUAUCUUCCCAGGCGGUAGUACCUCCCUGUUUGAUAGCUGCCUACUACCUACUACUGUAGGUUUGGUAGGGUUUUCAAUUUUGUUAAUCCCCUCAUGUUCAAAGUCUAACUCAGUUUGGAAGAAUGAUUGUUGUUGCUAGUGUUAAAGGAAAUAAAGGUCAUAUUUAUUUAUUAGAAGAAAUACAAAAUAAAAACAUGUAAAAUUGUAGUUUGGGCCAUGUUCAAUAAUAAAGAGGAACACCGACUGAUACUCCAACACUAAUGAACAGUUCUGAAUGUUGUCUUAUAAACACAGGAGCACCUCUACUGACACACAGCACAUUGAUCAUAACAAUUAAAUAGUGCUACAUAGAUGCAUUCUUGAUUGACAAAUAUAAAAAAUGACGACACUGUUCUUAGUUUCUUUCAUCUGUCAUCUUCAUUUCUCAUACAGGGAGAUGGAUAUUGUCUGGAAGGCAUCAAGUCAUUACAAUACAUUUGUAUCUAGUUUGGUUAAAUCGUUCUCGAUCGUUUAAAAAUUAGUGACCGCAAUAACUUUGUAGACGCACACAACGCCUCUACGUAAUACAUCCCAUUAAGAUGGGCACGUAACAAACUGGUAAUAUCAUUAUAGCCACUUCCCUACUUUAUAGUAAUGUAUAACACUCCAAGCGAAACGUAGGCACCUAGUCCAAGAGCUUGACAUGACAAUCGUUAUAUAAAAUCGCUAUAUAUCCCGACCCUACUGUACACACUUUUAGUUGAAUGCCAUACAAGCGCACAAACACUUAAUGAGAUGAUGUGAAGUAGCAUAGUGAGUCUUGCCUCCCACGGGUUAGCAGUGUUUCCUCGGUUGCCUUUAACGGUGUCAUAUAUGAGCCCAGACAGUCUGUAUAGCCGAGUCUCAACUUGUCACACUGAGAUGUGAUAUUGGUCCUUGAAGCUUCCCGGAAAACACUGUAAAACUACUGUAUUAUAUUAUAGGCAGGGGUUAGUAGAUCAGUAUCUGCCAGAAUAACCACUGGUUAUUUGACAGGAAUCUAAAAUAUAACUAAAUACUUUUGCCCACAGAAAAUUCUACAAUUAAAUAAUACCGUUGUGUAAUAACUAGUUUAAUGCCCCCAACCAUCCUGACUACAAUCCCAUUAAAAUCGUGUACAGUCCCUGCAGAUACCGGUCAAAUAGCCGAUGGUUAUUUGGUCCGGAAUCCGGGUCAAAUAACAACUUCGUAAACAUAUAAUAAAGGCUACAAUUUGUUUUGCGUUCGUGGAGUAUAAUAAGAAUCAUUAGUGUUAAAACAGACUAGCAGUCAACGUGACCAUGACAACUAUACUGUACUUUACUUUGUUUAUGAGUAUUAUUUUUUUCUUGCUUUGCUUUGAAAAGGACAAGAUAUACAUGGUAGUUGUGGUGGUUCAUUUGAAAAGUAAUUGAGACUUUGUAUAGUAUUUUUGAAUUAUUCUUGUGGAUAUUUUGUAAGAAUGGUAAUGGGUGAUUGUGUUUACAGAUGAUGUUGGGCGAGGGAGACUCCCCAACACCUUGGACAACACUCACGAGUCACGGCGGCUGUCACUUCUGCAGAGCUCGGCCUCGUUUUCUUUGUUUGUAAGGGUCUUGAGGGAACCCAUUAGUCGUCUGCUACCACGUAAACGAAAACUCCCCGGUGACGUCACAAGUGUCAGGGGAAUAUAACCUGGGCAGGUCGUCGCCAACACCACACACUGAACUGAACCGUCCUAGUGACAAGAGCAGCAAGCCUCUACACCUCGUGGAUAUUACAGUCUUGGUGAACUACUACUGAUAAUUUACUACUCGGAGUUACAAGCUCUCUGAAUUACAGUGUCUGGCUUUCUGUAUCAUCAGUGAUAAGUGUGAAUCACAGCUUUUCUGCAGCUUCUACCCAAACAUAUUUAGAAGAGAUGGCUGAGGGUGGCGCCACCGUCAACUUCCACAAUAUCAAGAUGCUGGAGCUGCCGAGGCUGGAGCUGGACCGUCAUUUCUGUGACGUGCGUCUGCUGGCGGAGAACAGCGGCGCCAAAGUCUACGGUGCCAGUCAACUCCAGUCUGGUGCCAGCGUCGCUCUCAAGUGCAUACAGAAGGAAACCACCAAGAAGAAGGACUUCUGCCGCGAGUUCCACCACAGUUACAACCUUGGUCUUCACCCUAACAUUAUUACAUGUUUUGAAGAAGUUUUUGAAACUAACACCGCCUACGUUUUUACUCAAGAAUUCGCCCCAUUGGGCGACCUCUCGAAGCAAGUGAAGAAAGGCGGCACUGAAGAAGAACGAGCCAAGCGUGUGGCAGAGCAGGUCGCCUUUGCUUUAGAGUUUAUGCACAAGAAGGAUCUGGUUCAUCGUGAUGUUUGCUCGGAAAAUAUCUUCGUCUUUGACAACGAUUUAUCACGAGUCAAGUUGGGUGACUUCGGCAGCACACAGCGAGUUGGAGCCUUCGUGAAGAAGCAGAAGGUUCGGUCACCUUGGGCUCCACCAGAGGUGAGCCUCACCGUGUACAACGAGGGCUACCUCGUGGACACUGCCCAAGACGCCUGGCAACUUGGUAUCCUCAUCUUCGUGUGCCUGACGGGCUCAUAUCCUUGGUCGUCGGCCGACAUCACAGACCGCCAUUACAACUCGUGGGUGGCCUGGCUCAAACGUAAGACUACCAAGAUGCCUCCACGCUUCAAGUGCUUUACUCCUCGCCUUCUUCGCCUUCUGCGACGCCUUCUGGAGCCUAAACCCGAGAAGCGCUCAGGUGUCAGGGAGGUGUACAAGUACCUGUCUGACCCCUGGCUCAUCGAGUCUCGUAGUUCUGCUGUUGAAGCUGCCAGUAUCAGCUCUUCAGAAAGUUUAAUGGCUGGUAGUAAGAGGUCACUGUUGAUGCGCGCAGAAAAUAAGUUGAUUGAAAUAAUUCGUUCCUAUGUGCUGCACUACCACUCACUGGCAGACCAGAAGCACACUGCCCACGCUUCUUCUGCCGUAGACUUCGUCGCUGGAGCGAGAUAUGUGGUGCCUGCAUGAAACUAACACUCCUUCCGUGUGGUCAAGAUGAUCCAGGAUACUCACCUUCACCGGUAUGACCCAGGCAGCUGACCCCACACCUGUGUGACUCGGGCAGCUGACCCCACACCUGUGUGACUCGGGCAGCUGACCCCACACCUGUGUGACUCGGGCAGCUGACCCCACACUUGCGUGACUCGGGCAGCUGACCCCCACACCUGUGUGACUCGGGCAGCUGACCCCACACCUGCGUGACUCGGGCAGCUGACCCCCACACCUGUGUGACUCGGGCAGCUGACCCCACACCUGCGUGACUCGGGCAGCUGACCCCCACACCUGUGUGACCCAGGCAGCUGACCCCACACCUGCGUGACUCGGGCAGCUGACCCCCACACCUGUGUGACCCAGGCUGUUGUCCUACAAUAAGGUGACCUGAGCGCUAAGCAGCACCCGUGUACCGGGGUUGUUGGCUCACCCCUGAGGAACUCUGGGUGCUGACAUGAUCAACACUAGACCUCUCCAGCGCUGUCUGUCAGUCUCCCUCAACCCCCCCAACCCCUUCCCGUUCCCCUAGACCUAACGGUUUCUUAAAUUUUCAUUACCAUUUUUUUAUUGGUUUAGGGAAUUUCAUUGUUUUUAAUUUCAAAUACUAUUUCCCCUGAAGUUUAAAAGCUAAUUAUUAAUUUUUGCUCAAUAAUGUUAAAUGCUGUUUUAUCUUGUUUGAGUCUUCAUAUUAUUCAUUAACAAAUUUAUAUUUUUCUAAGCAAGAAUACUACUUCAUGUACCUAAUUAUUGUAAUAUAAAUUUGUUAAGGGAUGUGCUUAGUAUUGUAUUUUUCUACACUUUUAUAUCAUUAGUGUUACUUAUAUAACAGUGAACGGCUCACUUAGUGCUGCUGACACGUUCAAGUUCGUUAUAGAACUUGUAUUACGAUGUCACCACGUGAUGAAUAAACUUUUGUUACUUUCUGAUAAUCUUGAUGUCUACUGUGUUUGUUCUGUAAUAAAGAAUCAUCAAAUAUA